AUGAGAGUUACAAGAGCCAGACUGAGUACAGCAUCCAGUAAUUACUGCUCUGCGUCUGACAACGACUCCGACAAAAACUGUGAUAGUCCUGGUCAAGUUAUGGACUCUAAACUGAACCAUUCACUUGAUGUACUCAACGUUACAAUUUCAGGAAAGAGAACAGAGACAGUCCCAGCCUCGACCCCAGUUAUACGACACAGAGACCGGGCUGUUGAGGAUAUCACCACACUACUGAUGUGUCAUGUUCCCUUUAUCUUCAUUACGGGACCAGCUAACAGCGGCAAGUCUUAUUGUCUGGACCAUAUCGUCAAAUCAGAGCAGCAUAAUCUGAAUAUAGUGUUAGUUGACAUGAGAGACGUACUGAAAGUUCAGGGUUUCUUCUACUCAGUCCUGUCUAACCUGCCACGUGACACGACAACACCACGUGACACGACAACACCACGUGACACGACAACGUCACGUGACACGACAACACCACGUGACACCCCUAUUCCAGACCACACUUCCGACUUUGUCCGACUGCUCUGCUCGAGAGUGUCAGAACCCUGUGUUAUUAUAGUGAAGCAUGCUCAAUUGCUUAACGAGCUGAACUCACUGCUGUUCGCAACCGUCACUGUACUUCACCAGCUUUCUCAGGGCAAGGUGAGCGUAGUGAUGGUAUCUGACACUCCCUGGGAGCUGAUCCACCUCAGUACUGGAUCUACUCUCUCCCCUCCCGUCAUUCUUAACAUUCCACCCUAUUCCAGACUGCAGACGGUAGAUAUCAUCGCAAUGCACCUGCUAGAAGAGUACUCUGUUCUUUGCUCUGAAAUUGAUUUCGGGCUGGCGGAGUUAGAAAAUUAUGUGCGAUCUUGUGUGUACGAUUCUCUUUCUGUCUACACAAGCUCUCUGAGGGAAAUGAUGACCGCAGCAAGUGCACUUUUACUAAAGUAUGUAGCUCCAAUCCAACUCCAAGAACUGAAGAAAAGUGACAAGAUCAAGCUAUUCCACAGAAUCCAGCCAGAACUAGUGACCACAAUGACACAACUAAGCUGUGUCCCUUCCUUUAAAACCUCUCUAGAACUACCCUACAACCUGAGGAUCCUCCUAAUCUGCUCCUUCCUGGCUUCUCAUAACCCAGCUAGGCUGGACAAGAGGUUCUUCUGUAAGGGCAAGUCCUCACGACGCAAGGUAAAGUCCAGGAAGGGAAGCAAGCUCAGUGAUGCUCUUAAGGGCCCCAAGACGUUCCCUCUGGACAGACUACUCGCAAUCCACUCCUCGAUCACGCAGGAUGGUACAAUUCCCUGCUCAGAUAUUCUCAUGUCUGUCUCUUCUCUUGUGGCCCUGAACCUGGUGGUCCGUGCUAGUGUGGACCUUCUGGAACAACCCAAGUACAAAUGUGUUGCACCCUUGUCUACUAUCAGUAUUCUUGCUAAGGAGUCUGGGAUAGACUUUGAAAGAUUUUACUACAAUUAUUGACUAAUUAGUAAUUAGCCAAUUAGUGACUAAUCGUCUGGUGAAUUUUAAACGAUUUGAUAUUUCAGAUAUUUUAAUGUAAUGCUUAUUUAUUUAUUUGACAUUUGGGUUUGUGUUCGAUGUUUUGGAAGUUUAAACUUGCCUAAGUUAGGCAG